CUGGCUUCCACACGGUCACUCAUUUGCAUAAUAUAACACAAGUCAACGGUGGAAGGCGAAGGAGAGUGCGUGAGUUUUGUCGACUUUUUCUUCAUCAAAAGGGACAAAGAAAGAACGAGAAUACUUUUUCAGAGGACCAAAGUUGAGGCCAAUGUCAGCCCGUUCUGUGGACUUGCUGGCGUACAUCAGAAUGGUGCUAAACUACAUAGGACUAGACUCCAACUUCAUGGAGCAUGUGAGCGAUCAUGGCAAGAAAGGACGACACCGAAGUAUAGUGCGUCAAAUUGGCACAUCGCUGCCGCUCAAACCAGUACGAAGAUCUCACUUCCAGAUUAUCAGCAGCAAGCAACACGCUAGAAGGAGACAAAGCCGGGCUCCUCAGUUCAUCGAUGAUGAGUGCGAGCCGGUGUUUAUAGCCAGCCUGGCGGACGUACCAUGGAUCGAGGUCUCUAGUCCUGACAAGAACGUGCGUGGAAGAUCUGAGUAUCGACCUUUCAUCAAUCGGAGAAAAUCCCUCCGAACGCCGCGCAGGAGGACGUGUUUCAUACGUCGGCCGCGAGAGCCCGACAUCAGCGAGCUGUCAGAUGAACUGCAUGCUACGCCGAGCGCCGAAUCCUUUUCUUUUUCGCUGUCGACGUUAGACGCGUCGACUCCCGCCUACGACCCGACGGCUCUGGCCAAGAUAGGCCAACUGGAGGACGAGUUGUCCAAACUCCGAGCACAAAUUGCACAGAUUGUGACCAUACAAUCCCAGCUACCACUACCAGGUGCUAUGCAGGCUACCCCUGUCCCUCCCCCACCCCAACCGUCUGGGGGUCCGCCACCCCCUCCAUGUGGGGGUCCGCCACCACCCCCACCACCCCCUCCUCCACCCGUGGCUAGCUCAACUCAGUGCAUCAGUGUUGCUGAACAAAUCAAAAAAAAUCGUGCAAAAAAGGGGAAAGAUGUUUCAAGUUCGUCCGUUGUGGAUGGGAGCAAACCGGACAUGGCUGAAGUUCUGAAGGGGAUCGGGUCAGUCAAGUUGCGAACUGUGGCAAGAUCGCCUGGAGGAACUCCAAUCCGUCAAAAACCGCGUCCCGCCACGGCCAACGACGCGGCGGCCUUGAUUGCCCAGGCACUGAAGAGAAAGUUUGCGCGUCAACGAGCGGAAGAUAGCCCUGACAACAAGGAGAACAGAGCUUGGGGAACCCCGUCGCCGAAGACAAACAGCCCAAGACAUGCAAGCCCCAAGUUUGGGCAGCAUCUUCUGAAACCAUCCAAGUUGGGUCAGGGUACCAGACCGAGCCGUCCUCUGGCUGAGAUAAACGUAUAACAGUCACUGACGCGACAGAUCUAUGUCAACCCAUAGAGAGCUUGCACAAUACAAUGUAUAUCUAAACCUAUGUAUUGGGCUAUGACUAUGGAUGUGCACACUGGCGAGUCAGUGUAAAUGAACUUAAGCCACAGCCGCUCAACAGCUGAUUUGGAUGCAGCCGUAACAGUGCCUUCCCUUCAUUCAUGAUAGACAUUUUGAUCAUCAAAAUCAGCUUAUAUUGGCUAAGAUUUAAAGAGUGUUUAAGAACUACGGUGGACCUAAAUUGCAGUUUUACUCAGUACAUGUACAUAUUCUUUUAACCACCAGAUAUUGACUCAUGAUAGGGCAGUGUUGUAGAUAAGCACAUUCAUGAGUACGAGGCCACAAGUAUGAGUACAGUUACCAUGCCAUUAGUAUGAGUGCGUGUAUGAGUACUUUGCCAUGAGUAAAAUAUAAGUUAUCCCGCGAGUGCGAGUGGAACACGGAAUAAUGUAGUGCGUCUGUGUCCCACAUACCACGAGGCCGAAUGUGGGACACAGACACACUACAUUUUUCGUGUUCCACGAGCGCGAUAACGAAUUUAUCUUCAAGCAAACUUGACGCACACAUGGAACACGCACGCUGUACACGAUCUUUUCAGCGGUAAUGCGGUUAUCCUAUUACACGUGCGUGUUGUACGGAAUGGCGCUCGCAUCUUAGAAAAGCGCGGAGUGCGGUAUGGACCAAGGCCAUGCUACAUGGUUAUAUGUAGCACGGCUUGUUGCCAUGGAUCGACCAAUCAGGAUCGAGGAUUCAAGUUUACUUGAAGAUACGUACGAGUACCUUGCAGUGAAAGGUCAUGUUCAAGGCAUUAUUUUCCAUGAGUACGAGUACAUUUCCAUGAGUAAAGAGCACAUUUCCACGACUAAAAUUACCAGUACUUUCUACGAGUAUGAGCACAUUUCAG